UCCCGAGUGCGAAACGGGCCUUACUUCUCCAGGCAGUGUCCUUCGGCACACGCUGGAAAGGUUGCGAAGAAGUUUGGUUAUUCUCGGCCGUCCUGUCGCACGACAUGGGCACGUACACGUUGUACGGGUUUUCGGAGGCCAUAGACAGGAGACCCUGGCACUUCGUGCAACCCAUCGACGACGCCAGGGUGUGCAGCGCGUGUCGCCUAGUGCCGAGGAAGAGUGGGUUCCUGCCCUGCCGCCAUGUGCUGUGCGAGACGUGCUACGACCAGUGCAGGAGCAGAGGACACGUGUGCGUCAUGGACGGCGAGGCCUGUCCGGAGGACCUGGUUGACUGGAGAGAGUUUUCAGCCCAGAAGUUGCUUGGGAGAGAGGUGACAUGCUGGAACAAGGAGUACGGCUGCGAAGCCGUCACCACGGUUUCCAGCAUGGCCAACCAUUUUUACCAAACGUGUUCCUACCAUCCCUCGCGCUGCCCCAAGUGUUCGGCCACGGUUCUUCAGCGACACAUGAUCGACCACAUGGAGUCGCGUUGUUCGGCCCACGCCCUGAGCCGGAAGUCUUCCUCGACGCCAAGUUCUGCGGCCUUGCAACACGAAAUGCGUGGCAUCCAAACGCUACUGGGCGACAUAAAGCAGUACCUAGAAAAGGCCACCACCGAGAAAAACAGCUAAGUUCGAAAAUCACCGAGGUCUCUCGGCAGCGCCUAGACGCCCAAGAAGAAUUGGGGGCCGCCGUCAGGGAAGCCAAGGAACGACUCGAACAGACGCUCAGAGUCAUCGAAGAGAAUGCCAAGAAGGACGAAGAGGUUCGACGGGAGUUCGACGAGCUCAAAUCGACCUUGGAGCAACGAGUGGCCGACGUGAAGGCGACUUUGGAAGCUUCCAUCCGGGCCCGCAAAGCACACGCUGAAGCUAGAAGCAAGUCGCAGAGUGUCGUGACGCAAACUGUGAGCGUGUUGCACCAAGAAGUGCAGCGUAUAAAGGCGGCCGUGGAAGACAUCCAGCAUGAGUUGUGUCCAGAGGGCGAGCCUUCCAACAACGUGGACCGGAACCGUUAAUACUAAUACGACUAAGGACUCCAAACUGCACAUCCGCACAAACACUCAUGAACAGUCCAAUUAAAACACCCCCCCCCCAAGUGCAUGCGCUUGGCAUUUUUAUACUAUCAAUUUUUCAUAUGUGUUUCCCGAGACUCACUUCCCUGUAAGAGGAACGCGUGCUUGUAAAUAAAUUCUACACAUUUAUCAAAUCUAUACCUUUACUACGCAGAAAUUAGCUGCAGCGAAGUUUCUUGCUUCUGUCUGUGCCGUUCAUCGUAUAAAGUCUUGCUGUCUUUUUACUUAUUACCCUCAACAUCAGUUAAAUGUCGAAAUUAACUUGGCUUGAAUGAUAUGAUUUGGUUUGCUGUACAUAAUUUGUGUUUCAGUAAACUGCCUGCAUUUUAUAUACAUAUAGUCCUUCCACGGUCGUACGGAAAAGUUAACCAUGUAUAUUUUUUAUUGCACCGUUUUGGGAAACUGAUUUGGUAUUUAGAAACCUGGAAUUUUACGUUUUCGGUCGUCUCAGCCUUUCUACGCGAACUUCCUUGCCUUUGUGUUACCUGAGACUGCUGGAGUUGGAGGUAGCGUUAGCAUGUAUCGCGUUCCGUGCUGGAAGAAACAAUUCACAUUUCUCACGAGCUAUUGAACGAUAAAUCAAACAUAUAAAUUAUACACAGUGACAUGGACUCCUCCUAGCGGCCAGUAAAAAUCCGCCAGUCACUUCAAACAUUCUUUACGAGAAGUGCUUAUGUUUUCACACAUUAUGUAUUCUCGCACUCUACCCCCAGGAGUAACAAAAACAAAUAAAACUACCCAUUUCCAAGCCACAAAGCAGCAAAACCAGUUGUAUUUGUUAAUAAACCUGUACACUGAACGAAUUAUCUGUACCUAUACUACGCAGCAUUGAGAUGAAAGCACUCACAUUGUCAGGCACCACGCUGACAAAAUAUGAGAAGCUGUUCAAUAAACAUUUCGAUCAGUCUAUCUAAAUUGAA